CAGUAAAUUAAUUCAUUGUGUUGGCAUGCAACGUGCUACCCAUACUUUAUUAUUGGAAGAAAAAAAAUCACAUCCCCCCCAAAUGACCAUCACGCCUCGCCUCUCCUACCUCUCUGCUCUGAAGCCAUGUUUCCUCCUCAAUGCUGCAUCUAUAUCCAGCAAUGCUGUGUCUCCUCUGGCUGUGACAGAUCCCAGUGCCCCCAGCAUCCCUGCACUAGCUGUAUAUUGUCUCCCUACACCCCGACUCCUCUUUCGCUCCUAUUUAUGAGACACCAGGAUAUUUUGGAUGGGAUCAGUUUAUCUUUUAUUCUGUCCCACCUCAAUUCUUCCUCCUGCUCCUGAAUUUCAUAGGAUACACAGCUCGGGAUCAGAUCUGUGCUAGCAGCUCCUCCCAGCUCUUUCCUCAUUCAUUACAUCCCAUCUCCCUUCCCCCUCCACAACCCCUCUCUCUCUCUUUUUCCUGCUCCAGUCAUCAUCUUGUCUGCAUAAGUACAAGGAGGAAAAUAGCCAGCACGUUCAAUAACCACUGCCUUUUUUUUUUAAUGCCUGGAAUAUCUAGAAAGGAAGGUUGUUUUGUGUCUGAGCAUGACAAGGACUGCUGACAAUCCAAGAUUACAGUACAGCAAGCAGCAGCAGCAUCAGCAUGUUAACAGCACCCAGAGGUACCUACCUCGGAUAAUAACUGCUUGUGGAUACCUAUUCCCUGCCGGAGAGGCACGCUGACAGAAGGACUCCAGAAAAUGGAGCAAGAAUGAGAGGGAAGAAGCAGAGGGAGAAGCAUGAGCUGGCGUCUAGUCAAGUUGCUCUCCUUCCUGUUUAUUUGGGAGCAGAUUGCUGUGCAGGAAUCAUUCCAAUCCCAGGAACAUGUCUCCAAAGAGUUUGACUGGCUCAUCUCCGAUCGAGGUCCAUUUCACCAUUCAAAGAGUUACCUGUCCUUUGUGGAGAGGCAUCGGCAGGGCUACUCAACUCGAUACAAGAUUUACAGGGAGUUUGCCCGCUGGAAGGUGAGAAACGUGGCAGUGGACCGUAAGGAACCUCUUAAAAGUAUUUUGCCCCUGAUGCCUGAAUUCCAGCGAAGUUUGAGACUUCUUGGACGGAGGCCAAGUUCUCAACAGAUCAUAGAGACCAUCAUUAAGAAAUACGGGACUCAUCUUGUGGUCUCUGCUACUCUUGGAGGUGAGGAGGCCCUGACAAUGUACAUGGACAAGAGUCGUUUGGAUCGUCAUGCAGGAAAUGGAAACCAGAGUGUGGAGUCUUUACAUCAUUUGGCAUCAUCUUACUUUGUAGACAGGGAUGGAACUAUGAGGAAACUUCAUGAAAUCCAAAUAUCAACAGGAGCCAUUAAGGUCACUGAAACUCGUACUGGACCUCUGGGGUGUAGCAGCUAUGACAAUCUCGAUUCAGUCAGUUCGGUGCUGCUACAGAGUACAGAAAGCAAACUCCAUCUUCAGGGUCUGCAGAUCAUUAUGCCUCAGUACUUACAGGAGAAGUUUGUUCAGGCUGCAUUGAGUUAUAUCAUGUGUAAUGGUGAAGGCGAAUAUGUGUGCAGGAACAGUCAGUGCUCCUGUUUGUGCUCUGAAUCCUUCCCCCAAUGUAACUGUCCCUUCACUGACAUCCAGAUCAUGGAGAACACGCUGAGUAACCAGGGCAAAGCCUGGGCACAGGCAUACAAAGAUUUUGAAAGCUCAGAUGAGUUUAAGUCCUUCAUGAGGCACUUACCCAACAGUCACUUUUUAAGCAUUGGAGCCAUUCACCAGCACUGGGGAAACGAUUGGGAAUUGCAAAACCGUUAUAAACUGCUGCAAAGUUCACUGGAAAUACAACGUCAAAAGAUGCAGCAUACAGCACGAAAGUUAUUUGGCCUUAGCUUACGCUGUCGACAUAAUCCCAAUCACCAGCUACCCAGAGAAAGAUCAAUUCAACAGUGGCUGGCUAGAGUGCAGUCUCUUCUUUACUGCAAUGAAAAUGGCUUCUGGGGCACAUUCUUGGAAAGUCAACGUAGUUGUGUUUGCCAUGGAGGCAGUAUGCUUUGCCAGCGACCCAUUCCAUGCAUAAUAGGAGGCAACCAAAGCUGUGCAAUGUGCAGUAUGGCUAACAUCUCUCUAUGUGGCUCAUGUAAUAAAGGGUACAAAUUAUACCGUGGUCGGUGUGAGGCACAGAAUGUAGAUUCAGAGCGAAGUGAGCAGUUCAUAAGUCUGGAAACAGAGUUGGACUUCCAAGAUCAGGAGCUCCGUUACCUACUGCAGAAGAUGGACUCCCGUCUUCAUGUGCACACAACAUUCAUUAGUAAUGAGAUUCGAUUAGACACCUAUUUUGAUCCACGCUGGAGAAAAAGAAUGUCACUCACCCUAAAAAGCAACAAAAACAGAGUUGAGUUCCUUCACAUGGUCAUUGGAAUGUCUAUGCGUAUCUGUCAGGCCAGGAACACUACUCUGGAUCCAAGCUUCUUUGUAUAUGUCAACCCAUUUAGUGGCAGCCAUUCUGAAGGUUGGAGUAUGCCUUUUGGAGAACAUGGCUACCCAAGAUGGGAGAAGACACGGCUUCAGAACAGUCAGUGUUUUAAUUGGACUCUUCUUUUGGGAAACCGCUGGAAGACCUUUUUUGAAACUGUACACAUUUAUCUUCGAAGUCGUACACGUCUACCUUCACUCCUGCGUAAUGAAACAGGUCAAGGACCGGUGGACUUGUCAGAUCCUACAAAAAGGCAAUUUUAUGUGAAGAUAUCUGAGGUCCAGCUGUAUGGCUACAGCUUAAGAUUUAACCCAGAUCUUUUGGUUAGUGCAGUUCAACAAGUUAACCAGUCUUACUCCCAAGGUGGGCAGUUUUAUUCUUCAUCCUCUGUAAUGUUGCUUAUGUUGGACAUCCGGGAAAGAAUCAACCGGUUAGCCCCGCCAGCUGGACCAGGAAAGCCCCAACUGGACCUCUUUUCUUGUAUGCUGAAGCAUCGCUUGAAGUUGACCAAUAGCGAAAUCAUACGGGUCAAUCAUGCACUGGACUUGUACAACACUGAGAUUCUGAAGCAACCUGACCAUAUGACAGUCAAAUUAUGUUAACCCUCCCAUGCCUUCCUCUGAGUCGAAUCAUUUCUUUUGGAAGUCCAGAGGUGAAAACUCUGAGGGAAUUAGAUGAACUUUAAUUACCUUAGAAUCUACCUUAUGACCUGACUAUGAUUAUGCUGCAAAAUAUAAAAAUGGAGUAUAUUUACAUACUUCCUUUUAUUACAUUUUUGGGGGGUGUGAUCCAUCUUUAUCCAUCCAGGGUCUUCAGAUUAUAAAUCCUUUACAUUAUCAUUAAGUGCUACAUCCUUCGCAAGUAUAAAACAUCUAUAUAGAAAUACAGAUAAUAAAAGUUAGGCUUACUUAUGUUAUAUGUUAUAUCAUUAGGUGGUUCAGCCUUUACAAUUUUGAUAUUAGUGCAGCUUUUUAGUCUUGAUUUUUUAUUAAAUCGAAUAAGGCAUAUUCAACAUUCAGAUACGGGUUUACAAGUGUAAAGAUUUUUCAGCUGAUAUUAUAUAUAUAGACAUUAUAUUAGCGCCAAUACUUGGAUCUCCCAACAGCAUUAUUUUGAGGAUUAUUUCUCCCAUUUAGGAUCCAGUCCUCAUACAACUCCAGCUUCUAGUGAUGUAAAUAAGAGCUACCAUUUCCAACUUUUGGCCUCAGGAACAUGACAGAGAUCUCUGUAUGUCUAUGUAGGAUGUUUGAGGUAUACAAUAGUAUAGAAAGUUCCAUAGAACUCAGUGGCUGCCAUAUUCAUGUGCUUACUUUAAAAAGCCCCACCAGGAAACUUUAAAGAAGAUAUGUCAUGGGAAAAAAUAUAUCCCCUAUCCAAAGGAUACGUUUUAGAUUGCGGGGGGUCUGAUCGCUGGGACCCCUUGCAAUCCCCUUUACGGGGCCCCAGCUCUCCCAAGAAGAAGUGUGUCAUGCUCCCCCGAACAAAACUGCGGUCAACAUGCCCCCUUCGGCUAUCUUCGUUCUCCUAUUGAAAUUUAUGAAGGGAAGUGUCAGCUGCCGCUUCAUUCAGGAAUUAUGACGCGCCACUCCCGGGGAGAUCGGGGACUCUAUACAGGAGAUCGCAGGCAGUGCCAGCAGUCAUAUCCCCCGCUAUCUAAAAUUUAUCCCCUAUCCUUUGGAUAGUGGAUACAUUUUUCCCCAUGAUACUUCUCCUUUUAAGUGAUAAACAUUACAUCAAUUAUGAGAUUGCCUUUACAUUUACUUAAUUGAUUCCAUUGCCAAACAUGAUUUUCUAAAGUCUUAGUAUACAUGUCUUCAUAAUAACUUACAUUGUAACAAACUGAGCACAGGACAAUAUUUUAUGUUAUAAUAGCUGCACUAAUAUCCCACGGCCAGAAUCUCAUUAAUGAAAUGACAGUUCCUAAAUAUUAUUUUUAUUAUGUUCAGCCAUGCUGUGGCUGAUUUGUUCAGUAAAUGUACAGAACAGGGCUAUUUUAAUAGAACCUAAUAAAUCAUAUUGCAGAAUAUAAUCUAUAGAAGUAUAGUUUGUGAAGAUUAUUUAUUUUAGACAUCAACAUGUCCUCAACUUGAUGACUAAAUCUAUUUUAUAGUGAUUAUAUUUUACUUCUAGCCCAAGACUUGUUUUAAAGUCCAUAGUAUAGUAGUUCAUUGAAGACCCUUCCCACAUAUGGUCCACACAGCAUUGUCUGAAUCUGUCCAAAUUCAUAAAAUAUUCCUUAUUGUAACAUUAAUUCUGUGUGAGGUUAAAUGUUUAUCUGUACUGCUUAGCCAUAUCACUCCCUAGUGAUACCUUAUCUGCCUAACUAGGUCAAUGACCCCUGACAUUAGACCCAAUAAAGCCAGUAAGGUAUUAUGGUUUCUGAUGACUAGGGAAGAUGAUGUUCAAUGUUUCGGGACCAACAUGAUUGUUCUGGGAUGUUUUUGCAUUUCAUGAUCAUAAUGUAGUCCUUUUUGAAGCCAAUUACAUGGAUUUUGACAAAUGAUAGUAAACCAGAUACACCAGCAUCUGUGAAGUUAUCUAAAGCAACCAAUGUGGAGAUCAUUUUAAAGUGGGUGGAAGUAUGUAGCCAUACUCUGUGUUAGCAUGCUCAUUUUCAGGCAGUGCCAAAUAUGUGUACUGAUGUUCUAAAAAAAAAAAAAAAAAAAGAGAGAGAGAGGCACAGUACCAAAAUAUUAUAGACGUUUACAAAAUGCACAAUCCUUUUCGCUACAUAAGUGUUAUGCAUUAUGUGUCUUUGCUGUCCUUUUUUUAUCUAGAUGAAUUCAGCUUAAGGACAUUUGAAAUCCAACAAGCAGUCCUCCAAUCGAUCCCCAUGGCAGUUACCCAUCAGUUUGGUCCACUGACAAAGCCUCGAACAAGUCUACCAAUCCCAUAAACGUAUUCAUGAAGUGGGUUCACCCAUACCAGAGUCAGACAAUCACUGCCCUAGGAGGGGGAAGUCAUGAGAGAAGCACACCGCUGUGUUAAGAACGCAGCAAGUAGGACUGGGGAGAGAUGCUUCAGAAAUUUAGUGACCUCCUGCAUGAGCCUUGAAAAUACCAGCAGUAAAGGGAGUAAACUGCCAUAGAAACAAACAUUUACCCCCCUACAAGGGAGAGAAUCUUUCUUUUCUGUAUAUUAAACUUGUGAAAUGUAAAAUAUAAAAUGAUAAUAAUGAUGAGAAUUAUAAACCAAAAAGGAGGAUGACAAGCUACUAAUUCUGAAAAUGCCAGCAUGUUCCUCCUUAACUAUAUAAAAUAUUGACACGCCAAGCUAAGACCUGACUGCAUGGGAUACUGAAUGGUGUGGUGGGUGGAAGAUGUGAUUUGGAAUAUGAUGGUGGAUACACAAGCACAUACAUGCUCUACAAUGAUAGAGUAUAAUGUCGAGUGAAACAGGAAAUGUGUACAACGAAAUGGAAUGAUAGAGAAGAAUGGUUUGACCAUUACAUGGAGAGCUUUUUCCACAGUAUGCAUUAUUAUUGCUGUAAGUACGUACUGUGUGGCAGGUUAAUGUACCCAUUGACUGUCGUGGCACUCUAAUAUUCCCAUGUCAGAUCAGCCUAAAGCUUGAAAGGUUCAGGUAAAAAACUAAAUAUAGAUAUAUAUAUAUAUAUAUAUAUAUAUAUAUAUCUAAAUUGGGAAGAUUGGUUCCAUAAUUUUUUCUUACUAAUACUUUUUGGAAACUUUUACUCAAGCCAACAAUCGGUCUUAUUCAUAUUUCUUUGGCUUAAAAUACAUUUUUUGAGGGAGUUAAAAAUGUCAGCGAUGCUGUAAACAAUAUCGUACAUGUUUGCAGGUCAACGGCAAUUAAUAUGACAAUGAAGGUUUCCUGAGAACUUAAGAUCAACGCAAAUCAAUGGGAGGUCUGUAUUAGACCAGCGUGUUGUCUGAUGACUCGGCUUCUGCAGUAUACAAGAUAAAUAAUGACAUUAUGCAAUGAAAGAUGAGUUCUCACAGUAUGUUCAUGAAAACUCAAAGCAACAAAUGUUAUUGUGAAGGACAUUAAAAAAUGAAAAGAGUAAAGUUAGUAAAUUGACAUACUGUU